AUGGCUCCCUUCCCUUCCCCAACGAAGAAGUUCCACUCCACCGCCUACCCAUCCAUUUCCCCUACUCGACCCGAGCUGAGCCAGAGGGGCAAGACCGUCCUCAUCACUGGCGGUGGUACCGGCAUUGGUGCCGCAACAGCAAAUGCCUUCGUUCAAGCCGGCGCCUCUCGCAUCGCCCUCCUCGGGCGCCGCGAACAACCUCUCCUCGACACGAAAGCCUCCAUCCAGCAGCAGUACCCCAGCGUCGAGAUUUUCACAGCCUCCGUUGACGUAACCAAAUCCAACGAGGUCAAUGCCGCCUUCGAGGCCUUCGUGCCCGUGGAGUCAGGAAAGAAGAUAGACGUCGUGGUCAGCAAUGCGGGAGCUACAGGACCUUUGGGUGCCUUCUUGGCUGUGAGCGACGAAGAUUACCUCGCCGGUAUCAUGGCAAACGUGUCUAUGGCUUGGAAUGUAGCAAGGGCUUUUGUCCCACGGGCUGCGCCUGAUGCGACGGCCAUCGACGUGAACAGUAACGCAGCUCAUGUGAACUACUUCGAUGGGUUUGCGUCGUAUACGGUAGGUAAAUGGGCGAACGUGCGCCUUUGGCAGCUGGUGCAGUUCAACAAUCCAGGAUUUAGUGUGUAUUCGAUUCAGCCUGGCGUUGUGGACACGGAUAUGAAUAAGAAGGCUGGAGGGGUCAAGGCUAUGAACUAUGAGGAUCACGUUUCCCUUCCCGCAAGCUUCAAUGUUUGGCUAGCCAGCACGGAGUCCAACUUCCUCAAGGGCAAGUUUCUGUGGGCGAACUGGGAUGUCGAUGAGCUCAAGGCGCAGGCCAAAGAGAUUGAACAAACCAAAAAAUAUAGCGUGGAGAUGGUUGGAUAUCCGUUCGGAGGCGAGCACGUCCCUGUGUCUAAGUGGGAUCUCUAA